GUAGUCUCGCAACCAUCACAAACAUUCUAACCUAUAUUUUGUGUGACUUAUCUCCUCUCGGUAUCGUUGCAUUCAAAAUGUUUUGAAGCGCAACGUUUUCUGCUUUCACUCUUGGAAGACCAAAUAACGACUCGGCGCGUCGUGUUUACUUCUGUUUAAGGAAACAUACUUCUCAUCAUGAGUUCUGGGUUCGUUUCUGAAAAGGAGCUUGAGGAACGGCGACAAAAACGACAAGAAGAAUGGGAUAAAGUGAGAACAGCAGAUCAACCCGUGGAGGCCCCUGAAGAAGUUUAUGACCCCAGGUCUCUUUAUGAAAGGCUAGAGGAACAACGUAAAAAGAAAGAUGAUGAAUUUGAAGAGGCUCACAAACUUAAGAACAUGGUCAGAGGUCUUGAUGAUGAUGAAGUUGACUUUCUUGACACUGUUGAGAGAGUAAAGGAGACUGUAGAAAAACAAACUCGAUUGGAAGAACGGAAAGAAAUGGAUGAUUUUCGUAAUGCUGUAGCUACAUUAGCUGAGAAAAAUGUUGAGGAGAGACUAAAGUCAGAGAUCCGAAAUCCUGUAUUGCCAAAUAAAACAGCAAGCAAUCGCAGCUCACAAAUGAAACUUCUUGCUGGAGCCGUUGUGCGGAAGAGGCCAUCAAAUGAACCUACGCCUCCCUCCAAAAAAGCCAACUUGGAUUCUAAGACUGUUGAAACUACAACAGAGGAAACUGAAAGUGAAGAAAAAUUGCCCGCUGAAACAAGCAAAUCUGAUGAGUCUGGAUCAACCAGUUUGAUAAAACCAGCAGGAAUAAUUCUUCCUUCAACUUUGAAGUGUGUUGGAGUGCUACCAGGAUUGGGUUCAUACCCUGACAGCAGCGAUUCUGAUGAUAGCUCUGAUUCGGAUUGUGAGUUUCCUCCACCAUCACGUUUUGACCUCCUUGGACGUACUGCAGAGCAUAUUAAGCCCAAGCCCCAACAGCAGCAACAGUCUCAAUAAUUUCAUGUCAUUUUUCUCAUCCAAAUAGACUGCUCUUAAGAUAAAAUAAUUAUCAGUUUCCUUUUCAUUAAGACUGUGUAAUAAAUAAUUUAUCACCUAUUUUAAAUUGCUAUUGGUGAUUUUAUACUUGCCUUGCCUUUGCCAAUUGAGGCUGUCAUUGUUUUACUGUGCUCCUUAAGUUUAAAUACCUAUAAUAAUCUAAUCUGGGAGGAUAAUCUUAAGUUUUACUUUUUAUCUUCUGUAAGGAUUAUUUUCUGGAAGAGUGUGAUAUUUUAGUUUUUCUUUCCCGCAGGUAAUUGAGACAGUUCUGCUGCUGUUCAUUGGUUUUGAUGUUGUUUGUGUGACUCCUGCACUUACCAUUAUGUGCAGGUAAAGGUAUCUAGUAAAGUUAAAGUAUGGAUGCUUGACAUCCUAAUAUCACUUUUUCAUCUGCUGCAGUGUCAAUGUGGAAAUUAACAUUGUCAGCGGAUAUCUAUAAAAGUACUAAUGUGGAUCCUAGCUAAAGCUUUAGCCGUCUGUUAGCACUCCUCAUCCUUUAAAUUGCAUUCCUUUUGUGAUAUUUGUUUUUGGCUUGUGCUCAAAAGAUCAUUAUGAGGAGCUAGUUGAUAUGUGCUAUUUUGAAAAAAAUCUCUAUUAUUGUGAUGCAGUUGUUUGACUUGUUUUCUGCCACAGUGUAAUUUGGAUUAGUACUGAAUUAAAAUCCAAGAGACACUGACAUGUGUUCUUAGUUGCCAGUACUUUAUGAUUGUUCUAAAGGCUCUUGGUGUGAAUAACUAAGCUUAUUCUGUUGCUCUUUAAUUGCUCCAGUCCUGUCUGAGGACUAAUGCACUGUGAUCCCUUUGUAAUUUGUAGGCACCUGUGCACAUUAGGCUUUUUUUUUCAUUCCAUAUUAAACCAGAUUUGUUCUUAAUAAAAAUAAAAACUUCCCUGUGAUUUAAGAUGA